AUGGCAGAGCAGUCCAAUAUAGUUGUUGUAGGAGGAGCUGAAAACAUGAGUCAAUAUCCUUUUGCUGUUCGUAAUGUAAGAUUUGGAACAGUUUUAAGUUCUUCAUAUGAAUUUGAGGACUCACUGUGGUUGGGAUUGAUUGAUACAUAUUGCAGUUUGCCUAUGGCUUUAACAGCAGAAAAGUUGGCAAAGGAAUGUAAAAUUGAUCGUGAAGAGACUGAUAAAUUUGCAUUGAGGUCCCAAGAACUUUGGAAAACUGCUCAUGAUAAGGGCCAUUUUAAAGAAGAACUUGCUCCAGUAACAAUUGUUGUUAAAAAAAAAGAAGUAGUAGUAGAUACUGAUGAACAUCCCAGACCAGAAACUACAUUGGAAAAAUUGAAAAAGCUUCCAUCUCUUUUUGCAAAAGAAGGAGUAGUAACUGCAGGCACUGCUUCUGGAAUUUGUGAUGGAGCUGCAGCUUUGGUAUUAGCUAGUGAAGCUGCUGUUAAAAGUAAUUGUUAUAAGCCAUUGGCAAGAAUGGUUGGAUACAGUGUUGUUGGUGUAGAGCCAUCUAUCAUGGGAAUAGGUCCUGCACCUGCAAUCAAAAAACUUUUAGAAAAAACUGGCCUUACUUUGAAUGAUAUCGAUUUGGUAGAGAUCAAUGAAGCUUUUAGUGCUCAAACUUUGGCAUGUGCUAAAGAUUUACAGUUGGACAUAAAUAAACUAAAUGUAAAUGGCGGAGCUGUUGCUUUGGGUCAUCCUUUGGGAGCGAGUGGGUCUAGAAUUACUACUCAUUUAAUUCAUGAAUUGAGAAGAAGAAAAAUGAAAUAUGGUAUUGGUUCUGCUUGUAUUGGUGGAGGACAAGGAAUUGCAGUACUCAUAGAAGCUUUAAAUUAA